AAGAGAGCCUUGCAGCUCGCCGAGAGAGCAUGGCAGGCUUGGAACAGAGACACCAGCAGCAAAUGGAGGCCAUCAUGACACAGCAACAAAGCCCAGCAGAGAAUUGUCUGUUGUUGGAGGAGUACAAAGACUUUGAAAUAUUUGAUUCGUUUACUGGUAUCCUUGGAAACAGUCCACCCUUAACAUCUCACUGGGAGUGGUGGGAUACAUAUUGUGAGGAUCUGACCAAGUACACAAAGCUAACUAGUUUGGAAACAUGGGGAACAAAAGAGCUGGAUUAUCUUCGUCUUGAUGACUUUUCAAGUCCCUAUCCGGAUGAAAAAGUUAUCAGUAAAACUCCCACUCUUGCUCAGCUAAACAGUGAGGAGCUUUGUGAAGACCUAUUUGAAAGAGUCCCCAUACCUGUGCAAAAGGCUUUGAGUGGUGCUGAAAUGAACAUGGAGGAAAUUGAUCAUGUGAUCAUAGUGGGUGGAGUCACUUGUGUACCUAAAGUUCGAGAUGCAGCCAAGGAAAGUACUUGUUUUUGUGGUGCUGUAGCCAAAAAACAGGAAAAGACAAAUGAAGAUUUUUUUCAGUGUGAAAGUAGUACAAAAUGUUUUGAAGAGAAAUACCGCUGUGAUGGGGUGCCACAGUGUUCUGAUGAGAAAAACUGUUGGAGAUCACCAGAUCCUUCUGUUUGGUGUCUUUCAAAGACUUGCUGCAUUCCUCAGAAUUGGAUCUGUGAUGGUAAACCAGACUACAAUGAUGAGCCUGAUGAACAAGGCUGUGAACGUAAGGAAUGUGGCAGUAACAAGUUCCAGUGUACUAAUGGACAGUGUAUUCCCUAUACUAUGCACUGCGAUGGAGACAGUGAUUGUGGUGACCAUUCAGAUGAACAAAACUGUAUAGUCACUAAACACGUCCGCUGUCAAAGUGGGGAAUUUAAAUGUCCAUCUGGUGAAUGCUUGCUAAUGGAAUGGAAAUGUGAUGGUGCAAAAGACUGUAAAGACGGAAGUGAUGAAAAGGACUGUAAAUUGGAGAAGAUCACUUGUGAAAAUGAGCAGUGGGCUUGUGCUAGUGAAGAUCAAUCUAUUCCGACCUUCUGGCGGUGUGAUAGUCGCACGGACUGCCAUGAUGGCAGUGAUGAAGUUCACUGCAAACUGCAGAUGUGCAAAAGUAACGAGUAUCAGUGUAAAAAUCUUAAUUGUGUUCCAACUAAUGCUGUUUGCGAUAGACAAUCUGACUGUCUGGAUGACUCAGAUGACGGUGGUGCAACCUCAGUUCAAGAUGAGCGUGACUCUGAUGAUUCAGAAGAUAAUGAACCUAGGGAGCGAACAUCCAGCGAUGUAGAAAAUGAUAGCAAUCGUAAUGCUAGUGACUCUGAAAAUGAAGAUGCUCAAAACCGAAUUGCCAGUGAUUCGGAGGAUGAGCCAACCAGAAAAAAAGGCACGAAUGAAAUUGAGUUUGGGGUAGACGAGGAAGGAUUUGUUUACCUUUCGUUUGAAAACCUGGAGCCAGUUGACAAUCCACAGUUCCUCUGGUCCAAGGACUACAAGGGAGCUCCAGACUCAGAGAGAACAGACAUUUCUACCGAUGGAAAUAAGUCUAAACUUAUUCUAACAAACCCUUCUGAGGAAGAUGUAGGCACCUAUGCUGUUGAAGUGCCAAAUACAGAUGGAGUAUCUGCUAGUCACAUGCUAACAAAGGAAGAACUAGAGGAAGUGAUGCGCAAAAGCCAUGAUGUACGACAUCCACUGAUACAGAAAAUCUCAGGCUGGAAUGUGGAAGUACUGGAGAAUGGAGAUGUGCGCCUCUGGUUACAAGUAGAAAAACUGUCCUCUGAUGCAGAUUUGGAGAUGAUUCUCAAUGACAAAGUCAUCCAAAAUACACCGAAACGAAAAAUAACAUUUGACAAGGAAAAUGGACUUAUUGAAAUAAUUAAGGAAGACUUUGGUGAAGAAGAUAAAGGAACGUAUACUGCAAAAGUAGUAGAUGGAAAAGCAUCAAACCAGCUCAUUGUUACCCUUUCUGGGGAAGAUUUUGAUAAAGUUUAUGAUGAGUCCCAAAAGAAGGUCACAGAAGACUGCCACGUUAUUAUGAUAUGCAAAGUUAAAAAUACCAAAACAGAGACCACGCUCAAGUGGUCUGUGGACAAGAAACCACUAUCUAACGGACAAUUUGAUAAUCAAACUGGGUCAGGGACACUUGUAAUGAAAAAGUUUACAAAUGAAAAGGACUUUACAAAGCUGUGGUAAAAGAUAGCAGGGGAGACGACACGACUGAAAUGGAUCUUACCAAAGAAGGUAUUGAAGAUAUAAUGCAGGAAAUUUGUAGAAAAAGUGCAAUGUCUGCCUCCCCACUGAAAGGUAAAGGCACAGCUGACGGAAUUAAGAUUUACAGCGAUGUGAAAUAUUUCAUGGAGAGCAUGAAUCCUGUGUGGCACCACAAAGAUAAGAAAGUGGAGUUUACUAGAGAGGUGGAAGAAGACAAUGAAGAUGACAAACCUGAUAUCAGUGAUACCUUUUCAGAGCCAGGUUAUGAAAAUGAUUCUGUUGAAGAUUUGAAAGGAAUAACUGCCGUGUCAUCGAGGAAAAGACGAAAGCAAAGGUAUUUCUGGGAAUAUAGCGAGCAAUUAAUGCCUUCUCAACAGGAAGGGAUGCUGAGACCGUCUGAAUGGGACAGACACACGCUUCCCAGAAAUAUGUACCAGAAGAAUGGUCUGCAUCACGGCAAGUACACUGUGAAGAAAUCUCGCAGGACAGGUGUGGAAGACCUGACUCCAAAUCCAAGAAAACUUCUGCAGAUUGGUGGUUAACUGCGUAAACUGAAUAAAGUAAUCAGUGACAUAACACCCGUAUCGGAGCUUCCUGUCACUGCCAGGCCGCGAUCUCGUAAGGAGAAAAACAAGCUGGCUUCCAGAGCUGGCCGUCAAAAAAAGAAAGCCCAGUAUGAAGCCAAUAAAGUGAAGCUGUGCCGCCUGAAUACUGAAUAUGAUACAUUGCUGUUUGUGAUCAAUUCAAUAAAACAAGAGAUUAUGACACAAAUACAAAUCCCCUGGGUGAAAUGGGCUUUGGAUUCUCUCCGGUACUACCUCGUGGGUAGACAGUUUGAACUGCUGACGGAUCAUGCCUCAUUGAAGUGGAGGGCACAGACCAAAGAUUUAAAGGCACAGAUUGAAGAUUUAAAUAAGCUACAACUAAAGCUUAAAGAGACCCUAAAAACUAGCAAGGCUAGAGAGAAUAACCUCACAGAAGACCUGGAAAACCUAAACACCAAGAGUUGCGAACAAAGCAGAGAACCCUUAAAAAGCAACAGAA